AUCACCUUUUUGUGGCGAAACAAUGCCAGUUGUUCAGUACAGCCAGCAGGUGCGACACGUUACGUUACGAGUUAGAAGCAGGAUUUAUUAUGAAGUUCGCUGUAACUUCAGUAUUGUUUUUGCUGUCAGUCGCGGCCAACGACAAACAUGCCAAAUUCUACAAAGUUUCAAUGGUGGCGUCAGAAGAGAGCCCUAGCAGACCCGCGGUGUUCACCCACGCCGAGAGCCCCGUCUGGGACCCCGACCAACAGGCGCUGCUCUUCGUUGACGUGGUAGAACAAAACGUCCAUCGACUCAACUACAAGAGCGGCAAAAUCACCGUCAAACACAUUGACUUCGGGCAGGUGAACGUAGUAACAACGGUGGCGGACUCGAAGCGGCUGCUGGUGGCGGUGCGUGCGUCGCUGUUCCUCCUGGACUGGGACGUGCCGGGAGACGCGGCGCUCCGCCCUCUCACCUCUGUGGACCUGGGCAAGCCCGACAACGUCAUCAACGAAGGGAAAGCUGACGUCGUUGGCCGCUUCUGGGCUGGUACGAAAGGGCCGCAGCACAAUGACGAUGUGGCUUCCGACCAGGCCGCCUUCUACAGCAUUUCUUCCGACAACCUGGCCGACCCCAAGAUACAGAUCAAGCCUGUGACCGUGUCCAACGGCCUCGUGUGGGCUCUAAACAACUCAGUACUCUACUACAUCGACUCACCUACACAGAAGAUAGAAGCUUUCGACUAUGACGCCGCCACAGGCACUAUUAGUGGUCGGCGUACGAUUCUGGACGUGACUUUGUACGGGUACGACGAGGCGAUCCCGGAUGGCAUGACUAUUGACAGCGCUGGUAACCUAUGGGUCGCCAUCAUGUUUGGAGGGACUGUCCUGCACAUAAACCCGGACCUUCGGCACGUCAUAUACGGGUACAAGCUGCCAGUGUCGAGGACGACGUCCGUGGCGUGGGGCGGGCCCAACUACGACGAGCUGUUCGUGACCACGUCCCGGGUGCAGGUGGACGAGACCGUGGAGCCGCUCGCCGGCGCCAUCUUCACCAUCCGCGGCACUGGCAGCGUCGGCGUGCCUCACUACCCCUUCCGACUGCCAAACGCAGACUCCUACUAAGUUUAAAACAAUCGAUUCAAGAAUCUACCCCGACAAGAAUCGCAUAAGUUCACGACUAUAUCCCAAUGGGGUAGUUAGAGCUACACCCAUCACCAGAUGUACUAAGUACACACCCCCGAGGUAUUUGUUCGACCAAUAAAACUAAUGGUAGAGCCUGUUUUAGUGAAUACUGCAAUAACUCAUUGGUGCAAGUCUGGUCUGGGACAAGAAUCGACUCCUUCUAUUUAUUAAUUUAUAAAUAAAUGUAGUUUUUUUUAUUAGUGAAA